CAAUUCCUUAAGGUUUGUUUGUUUGGACGAGAGAGGUUAACAAAAGCUUCUUCCGGCGACUAGACAGAAACGAAAGAGUAGAAAAAAAUGCCGGCUGGUCAUGGUUUAAGAUCUCGCACUCGAGACUCUUUCUCUCGUCCAUUUAGGAAGAAAGGUACAAUCGCUCUUGCUACUUAUCUCAGAACCUAUCACAUCGGCGAUUAUGUUGAUGUUAGGGUUAACGGCGCCAUUCACAAAGGUAUGCCUCACAAGUUCUACCAUGGUCGUACCGGCCGUGUCUGGAACGUUACCAAACGUGCUAUUGGUGUUGAAGUUAACAAGCAGGUUAGGAACAAGAUUUUGAGGAAGAGGAUUCAUGUCCGUGUGGAGCACGUUAUGCCUUCUAGGUGCACUGAGGAGUUCCGUUUGAGGAAGAUUAAGAACGAUCAACUCAAGGCUGAGGCCAAGGCCAAGGGUGAGGUCAUAAGCACCAAGAGAAAGCCAGAAGGACCCAAACCUGGUUUCAUGGUUGAAGGAGCUACAUUGGAAACAGUUACUCCAAUUCCAUAUGAUGUGGUUAAUGAUCUCAAGGGAGGUUACUAAUUUUGUUAAUGUUUGUUAGACUGAGAUUUUGUUUGGAAAUUUUAUCAUCGUUUGUAGUCAUUCAAACAUCAUCAGACUCGAGUUUUGUUUUGUUUAUUUAGUUUGAAUACAUCUAUAUUAUCAAUUA